AUGGCAAAUCCGGAUCUUGAUGUUGCUGCUGAACGUAGGAAAGAGAAACCCUACAUCAGCUCAUGGAAUACUCAACAAGCCGUUGUCAAUAAUCAGCCCAGUGGUUCAGCAACCGCUGAAUUGACUGCAUCUGGAAAUUUACCGUUGAAUGUCACUAUCAAGUUAAAAAAUAUUCUUACCAAGAAUGGAUCUGAACAAUUCCGAUUCAGAGAUCCUCAAGAGUCUAAGAAAUGGUCUCAUAUGACUCCUCGCAAGAUCAAAAUAUGGGUUGAUGCAAUUAUACUAGCUCGUCAAGAAGGUCGCACCAAUGUCAAUUUAUGGACUCCUCCUAAGUUACCAGCUUUCAAGACCUUCCUCAAUGGACAGCUUCCUCCAGGGUAUCUCGAGUUUCCAGACAAUCCCCCACCGGUUGGAUUCAUGGCUGCUGCUCCUGCACCUCUGCCACAACAACCAAUCCCAUCAGCUACCCCAGCUCAACUACACAAUGACCGUAUCUAUCAACGCAGAUACUCUGGAGAUAUGGAAGACUUUCUCAAUUAUGCUGAAUUUCCUGAAAGCGAUCAUACUUUGAGGACAAAGUUAAGCAAGGCUCAUUACACUUGUUGGAGUGAUCUCAAGCCAAGUGAUGAUAUGAACAGUCAAGAAUUAAAAAUGAUUGGCAUAGCUCAAGGUGAUGCAAACCAUCUCCUUGCAAGUGCAGUUUGGUACGAGGGAUUUUUACUUGCAAAGCUUGCAAAGAUUGAUGCGCAACAGCUUUGA